AUGCACUUCUCUUCUCUCGUCGCAGCUGCUGCCAUUGGCGGUGCUGCCAUGGUCUCCGCUGCUCCCGCAGCAUCGCCCAUCGACAAGCGCGCCACAACCUGCACCUUCAGCGGUUCCAGCGGCGCUGCAUCUGCCACUCAAUCCAAGGCUGCCUGCGCCACUAUCGUCCUUAACAAUGUCGCUGUUCCUGCCGGUACCACUCUCGACCUGACUGGUCUGAAGACUGGUACCCACGUCAUCUUCCAGGGCACCACUACCUUCGGCUACAAGGAGUGGGCAGGUCCUCUUGUCAGUGUCUCCGGUACUUCCAUCACUGUUACUGGUGCCUCUGGCAGUGUCCUCGAUGGCGACGGUGCUCGCUGGUGGGACGGCAAAGGCUCGAACGGAGGCAAGACGAAGCCCAAGUUCUUCUACGCUCACAGCUUGACCACUUCGUCCAUCAACGGACUUACCAUCAAGAACUCUCCUGUCCAGACCUUCUCCAUUAACGGAGCCAAGACCUUGACCAUGGACAGCAUCACCAUUGACGGCGCCGCCGGUGAUAGCCUCGGACACAACACCGAUGCCUUCGAUAUCGGAAGCUCGACCAGUGUUACCAUCACCAAUGCCGUCGUUCACAACCAGGACGAUUGUGUUGCCAUCAACUCUGGCUCUGACAUCACCUUCUCCGGCGGCUCUUGCACUGGCGGUCACGGUCUUUCUGUCGGUUCCGUUGGCGGCCGCGACGACAACACUGUCAGUAACGUCCACUUCACCAACAACAAGGUCAUCAACAGCGACAACGGUAUCCGUAUCAAGACUGUCUCUGGCGCCACCGGUGCCGUUUCUGGUGUCACAUACAGCGGCAACACUCUUUCCGGCAUCAAGAAGUACGGCAUUGUCAUUGAGCAGGACUAUGAGAACGGUUCCCCAACAGGCACACCCACCGCUGGCGUCCCCAUUACUGGUUUGACCAUGACCAAGAACACUGGAACUGUUGCCAGCUCUGCCACCGAUAUCUACAUCCUCUGUGCUAAGGGUGCUUGCUCCAACUGGACUUGGAGCGGUAACUCCAUCACUGGUGGUAAGAAGUCCACCGCUUGCUCGAACAUCCCCAGCGGUGGCGCUUCCUGCUAG